GCGAUGCGGGGGAAAGGGAAGGGGGACCGAUUUAACGCGGAGCAGAGGCAGGCAGCAGGCUCUGCGCACAGCAGCACACGCAUGCACUGGAUCUCGGGGGCAGAAAGCAGCGCGCCAUUGGAAUUAAUAUAAGGGGAAACGCAGCGCAGCCACGGUUGUCCAGGACGGAGCUAAACAUGUGCAGGCACUGAAGAAGAGGAAGGCGAGGGAGUAGUCGGCACCAUGGGUGACGGAGGAGCCCUGCGUACGGAAGGGAAUGCCCUGCUGAAGGCUGUGUUCCAGGGCAAGCUUCGGCUUGCGCGUCUGCUGCUGGAGGGGGGAGCGUACAUCAACGAAGGCAACGAGCGAGGGGAGACACCCAUUGUAGCAGCUUGCCUGGCUGGGUAUGAUGACCCACACACUCGUCAGAAGAUGGUGCGGUAUCUACUAGAAAAAGGUGCUGACCCGAAUAUCCCUGAUAAAUCAGGGAGGACUGCCUUGAUGCAUGCAUGUGCAGAGCGUGCAGGCAAAGAUGUGGUGUCAUUGUUGCUGGAGAACGGAGCAGACCCAAGUCUUAAAGACUACUCUGGGUCCUCAGCUCUGAUGCAUGCCAUCAACAGAGGUGACAGAGAAACACUACAGAUUCUUCUAGAUGCCUGCAAAGCCAAAGGCAAGGAGGUGAUCAUCAUUACCACAGACACCUCCCCUUCGGGCACCAAGAAGACAAAGCAGUACCUGAACUCUCCACCUUCUCCAGGCGUGGUGGAUAAACUCUCGCCUGCCUGCAUGUCCCCAUCAGAAGUCGAGAUCCGCACUUCAAGCUCCCCCGCUGGAGAGGAGGAGGACGGCAUCUUCAGUUUUGCUCUCACCUCUGCCCUACCACUACCUUCCAACAGACCACCAGGUGAGAGGAGACCACCACCACGUAAACUUCUCAAAAGGCUGAACUCAGAGCCCUGGGGCUUGGUGGCUCCGAGCGUACUGGCUGAGAGAGGAGAGCGAGUGGAGGGCGACCUAGCAGAGGAGGAGAAGGUUACAUCCGAGAUGAAUGGCCUGUCAAUCUCUGGUCCAGGCAGACCCCUGCUCUCACGCAGACACAGCAUUGAGACACAUGACCCCUGUUCCCCAAAGCUGAUCGAUCGCUCCUGUUCUGAAGACUGUGCGGCUCUAUGUGGCUCCUCCUGGGCAGAUAAAGUCCAGCAGCAUCAGUCACUGUACCGCAGGAACACAGCACCCGAGUCACAAGAGAACGCCAGCCACCCUCCAGGGGGCACCCGUACUUUGCCUCACCCUAAACUCACCCGCAUGGAGCACUACGAGUCAGACACACACCUGUGCCCUGAGUCCAUCCCUGGAUCUCCAGACUCUGGCCGUGUGUCCGUGGAGCGCCGCAAGUACAACGCUUCACCAUUGUCAUUGCUCACCAGCUCCUCCCGAGAAUCACUGGAGAGUAUCCCCAAUUCUGUGUCUCCCAUCACUAUGAGGAGGAGGCCCCCGGGCCUGCUAGAGCGCAGAGGCUCAGGCACGCUUCUCUUGGACCACAUCUCGCAUACACGGCCUGGAUUCCUCCCCCCACUCAAUGUCAACCCCCAGCGGCCCAUACCAGACAUCCGGGCCAAUGGAAAGCCCACCUCACCUGUGCACUCCGGCACCAAGAUACUGCUACCUGUAGCCCCCUCAUCACCAAAGCGUGGACUGGACUUCAAGAUGAAAAAGAAGCUGUUGAGGAGGCACUCCAUGCAGACGGAGCAGAUGAAGCAGCUCUCCACCUUUCAGGAGAUCCUGGCAGAGAAAGUUAUGGAGGUCAAUGGAGACUGAAGCUUAUGGGAGAGUGUGAGAGAUAUAUAACCUAAAUACAGAGAGAGAAAUUCACCUCAAAAUCAGAUCACAAGACAUUGACAAAUCAAAAAUGCAUAAACAAUAAUCUUAAAUCGGACAAUGCAAUUUAUAAUGCUAAUGCUUAAAAUCAAUGACACUGAACAGCCGACAAUUGGCAUUAUUCAAAUGAUAUGCUAAUUCAUAUGGCUACUAGCUUCCAUUCAUUGCUUGCCACAUUAACAUAUUCCUUU